AUACUUUUGCUAUUUGUUUACUGUAUGUGCUUGGGUACACGAAGCGUAUUUUGCCGCCUGUCAUGGCGGCGGAGGCGCGUUGCGAAUAGCGUGACGUCACAAAAAAGGGUUCCUUUGAACUCUUUGAUCCUUUGAUCCUCUCGUCCAUAUAUAAGGUAUGUUUUUACGCUAUGAAUUAGUACACCAAAUGCCAAAGAAGCAGACAAGUGUUGCUGUCGUUGGUGUGCAUCUUCCUUCCUAAAGAUAAGCAGUGUAUACAUGGUGAUAAUGUGGCACCUCCUUUGGCCUUCUGUCCUCCUGGGAUUGUUUUUCAACAUUUGUCCAGCAUGCCCCCUGGAAAUUCAGAAGGAAAAGAACCACUACUACGUCGCCAGGGGGUCAAGUAUCCAGCUACCCUGUGCGUACACUCAGACCGUGGACUCUCAGCAGGACACGAAGAUCUUGUGGAGUAUCGUGUCUGCAGACGGAUACGAGCAGCCCAUCAUUUGGUUUACAGGCGGCCGCUUGUAUUCUGAUUUGUACAAACCAAUGGAGGGGAGGGUCAACUUCACAUCAGCGGAUCCCCAAAAUGGAGACGCGUCUAUCAAAAUCCAAGAUGUACGUCUGUCAGACAUGAAGAUGUACCGCUGUAUGGUAAAGAAGUUACCUGAACUGGAACUGAAGACCUUAGAGCUGACGGUCAUGGAGGCACCAAGUCAGCCUCUGUGCAGCGUGGCUAAAGAAGACAACAGUAUGACGCUCAAAUGCAGAUCAAUGCACGGCACCCCACCUUUGCAUUACAUCUGGUCCAAGACCAGCGGAAAUAAGGUCUUGCCUAUUCAGGCCACUGUGGACCCCACAGGAGCCACCUUGCAUUGGAACAUCACCGAGCGGGAGUGUGGAAGCUAUCGCUGCACAGUGGAAAGUAUGGUGGCCACCAAACACUGUGACCUUCACCUCAACUGUUCGCUGCCCCAUGACAGCAAUGUGGGCAGUCCACUAUUACUGACAACCACGGCAGUCGUUGCUAUCGUCGUCGCUGUCACCACGCUCUUCAUUUUUACAGUUGUCCUUGCUGUACUCCUCUACCGCAAAGGAAAAGAGCAAUCCAAGGACAUUAAUAUCGCAAUGUAAUUAUAUGUUGUUAAUUUUUUAAUGCUAUUGAUAUGUGAUUGUUAUUGAUAUCACAAGAUAGCAGUGAUAUCACAAUUGUUGAGAUUGUUUGUUAUGUUAAAUCUUUUCCCACAAUGGCAUUUUGAUUUGAA